AUGGGAAGUCAAAUGGUUUACCAGAAGACACGGGGGGAUGUUCAGGAUUGGGAGGGAGAUGGAACCAUUGGUAGAAGAUUCAAGAGGAUUUCCUACUUGGAUAGGGAAGGGUUGAAUCCCACCAGAUUUCGAAUAGGUGACCAGGAGUUUGAUUCUUUGCCAUCUUUACUAGAAUUCUACAAAAUACACUAUUUGGACACUACAACAUUGAUAGAACCAGUUUCCAGAUCCAGGCAGAAUAGUGGUGUUAUCCUCAGACAGGAGGAGGCCGAAUAUGUGCGAGCUCUCUUUGACUUUAAUGGAAAUGAUGAAGAAGAUCUUCCAUUUAAGAAAGGAGACAUACUGAAAAUCCGGGAUAAACCUGAAGAGCAAUGGUGGAAUGCAGAAGACAGCGAAGGAAAGAGGGGAAUGAUACCUGUUCCUUACGUCGAGAAGUAUAGACCUUCCUCUGCUUCAGUAUCUACUCUGAUUGGAGGUAACCAGGAUAGUUCCCACCCACAACCACUGGGUGGGCCGGAGCCAGGGCCCUAUGCCCAGCCCAGCAUCAACACUCCGCUCCCUAACCUUCAGAAUGGCCCUAUUUAUGCCCGGGUUAUCCAGAAGCGAGUCCCUAAUGCCUACGACAAGACAGCCUUGGCUUUGGAGGUCGGUGAGCUUGUAAAGGUCACAAAGAUUAAUGUGAGUGGUCAGUGGGAAGGAGAAUGUAAUGGUAAACGUGGUCACUUUCCAUUCACACAUGUCCGCCUGCUGGAUCAACAGAAUCCUGACGAGGACUUCAGCUGAGUGUGGCUCAACAGUUUCGCUUACAGAUGGGAACAAUCUCAACUUGUUUUAAUGCAGAUGCCAUCAAGACUAUGUUCCGACAGAUGUUGAAAGCGGUAUUGCUUGUAUAAGCAUUCUGAUGAUAACCUGCAAACCCCUGGGACUGAACACCACCAUUCCUUAAUCAAGGGUCAUGUAAUUCAGGGUACGACAGUAGAUAACUUGUGUGUCAAGUGGCAGAACUAGUACAUGAUUAUAGGUUGUAAUGCCUGCUUAUGUCCACGAGCACAGCAGCCUGGACCUUGCCAGCAGCAGCAGUUGGAGAAAGCAGUAACAUAGAUGUUAUUACAGCGUUUAUAGCUCUCUCCAGUUCUGUUUCUUGUGUUGUUCUUCCUCAGGCAAUAAACAUCAACCUUAGACAAUUCAAUGUGUAGGUAGAAAUUUCACAAAUUUAUCCUGGAGCUUUCUCCAUUUUUUUUUCCAUUCUGAAUUCUCUGUCCUAGAAAGGCUAUGUGUAGUACUCCGCAUGGUGAGUUAACUGCACAUAUUACAGAUUUUUUGAAGCACAUUGGGGACAGCUAUAUGAUUUAGAGAUGCUUACCAUUUUAAUGGUAAAUGACAGAUCAAAUCAACCUCAGAAUUCUGUAAGUUUGUGGACACUAGAUGUGAUUUUUUUCAGUACUGUUGAUGCUUCAAACAUAGCAGCUGUUUUAAAUUAAAAUUUUUGAUAAUACAGCAGUAUCUCUCUUAUCCACAAAUAUAAGGCUUAUGGAAGUGUAAACAUCCAUAUCAGUGCUGAAAAAUGUGCACUUUAAUGCAUAGCUUUAAAGCAGUGUUUGAUUCACUAAGUAUACUAAAAUAUUGGCACUGCUUUCAGAUAAAAUUAAAUUAGGUAGGGCUGGUUUAAUAUUUUUAGAAUUUUUCAAUAUUCCUCUACAUUACAGUAAAAA